AUGGGUUAUUCGUCGCAAAUGGUAGAGCUGCUGCAGCUGCAUGAAGAGUGCAAUGACUUGCAGAUGGAUGUGAUCGAGGGCAACCUUCCGCAGGUGGAGGUAGACAGCGGAACCCGAAAGCCAUUCCUGCGUCCCUCCCGCUACGGGCUCCGCCAGCUCGAAGAGGAAGGUGCGACCCAGGAGGCUCAGCCAGUGGCAGCGCCAGCCAAUAAACGCCUGGUUACUAACCCUGGGGAGCAGCCCAGACAGAUCUCGUACCCAGACUCUGAAAGCGAGGGCUUUGAUAACCGUGAGGAAUUUGAUAACCGGGAGGACUACGAAGAGGAGCAGCUGAGUGGCACAGGACACAGAGUAUCCACAGCCCUUGAAGAAGCCAACCAGAUGUUUCUGGGCACAUCUGGGCACAUCCCAAGCAGAGAAGCAGCCCUGGACGGCAGGUUUCAGACGCAGGAGCAGAGCCGCUUUCAUCUGUUCGUUUUUAUUGAAGAGCUUUAUUCACUUCUGGUUGUCAGUUGUCUAACCCAAGAACUGGAUUGUGAUGAGAUUAUUGGUAGAGAGUGGCUGAAUGUGGAUAAAAGAGGAGGAAACUACGUGGAGGCUCAACAUUCCGCUUUCUUUAGGGUUCAUUCCAGAUAGUUCUGUGCCAAGGAAAAAUUUUAUCUUCAAAAAAAGUUGUUUUUGUUUCUACGAAUAGAAGACAAUGGGACAGUGACUGCACAGUUAUAAAGAAGCAUAAAAG